AUGGCGCGGAAAACGGGCGGUUUAGCCGCUUUAAUGUCCGGACAACCGGUGGUUGUCAAAAAACGGCGCACAGUGUUUUGGCGACUGAAAUUGCUCACCAGACAGGGUGGACUACACGUUGGCUUGAUUUUGGUGUGCGUUUUGUAUGUUUACGGCGGAGCCAUGUUGUUUAUGUGGAUUGAGGCGCCGGAAGAGGUGAGUUUGGGGGAAAAUGGCUGAAAAUUGGCUGGAAUUUUUGGAUUUGACUGAAAAUUUGCGGUUUUUUGAGUGUAAAUAUGAAAUUUUUAGCUAAUUUUGAGCUUUAGAUCCUAAAAUUCACGAAAUUCAACAAAAAUAGACGCAUUGCUCAUGUUAACCGGGAAAAAUGGCUGAAAUUUACAGAUUUUAGGCCAAAUUUCAGCCUGGAAGCUUAUAAUCUGAAAUUUUCAGCCUAAAAUUCUCGAAAUUUGAAUCAUUGCUCAUGUUAACCGGGAAAAAUGGCUGAAAUUUUCAGAUUUGAUUGGAAAUUUAGGAUUUUUAGCUAAAUUUCAGCUUGGAAGCUUCAAAUCAGUGAUUUUUGGGCUAAAAUUCCAUGGAAAAUGAAGCAUUGCUCAUGUUAAACGGGAAAAAUAGCUGAAAUUUUGAGAUUUUUAGCAAAAUUUCAGCUUAGAAGCUUAAAAUCUGCAAUUUUUGGUCUAAAAUUCACAAAAUUUUAAGCAUUGCUCAUGUUAACCAGAAAAAAAGCUGAAAUUUUCAAGAUUUGACUAGAAAUUUGGGAUUUUCUGCAAAAUUUCAGCUUGGAAGCUUAAAAUCUGUCUCUUCAGUCUAAAAUUCCAAAAUUCCACAGAAAAUGACACAUUGCUCAUGUUAACCAGAAAAAUAGCUGAAAUUUUCAGAUUUUUUGAGUAUAAAUAUGAAAAUCUUCCAAAUUUCAUGCAAAAUUUUGAAUUUUCAGCAAAAAAUUCGAGCAUUGCUCAUAUUAACCGGAAAAUUUUUGCAGCUCGCCCUCCUGGCUAAUUUCACCCGAAACCUCACCGCGAUUCGCCAAAAUUUCCUGGAAAACGUGGAAAAUCUGAAAAUUGCGCAUCAAAAUGGCCCGAAGAAAAACGGUUCACAUUUGGAAGCGAGCCUAAAUCGUCUUCUGGACAAUUUUUCACACGAUUUGAUGAAAAUGUUUCCGCAUCCGGUGGCUGCGAAUAUGUUUGAGAAUAUGUUUUUUGGGCGGGGCGAAAAUUCGAGUUAUCAGCCACUUUGGAACACUGACAGUUCACUGCUAUUUACAGCUACUACAAUUGUGCCAGUUGGUCAGUUUUUAGGCCUUGGGGAAGCCCGAAAAAGCCUAUUUUUUGAGCCCAAAUAAGCCUAGGACCCAAAAUCCAUCAAUUUUCCACAAAAAUUCCAUCAUUUUCCUUUAAAAACACGAAAUUUCACCCAGAAAACGAGAAAAAAAAAUGAAAAAUGCGCUAAACAACAGGUAAGCCGUCAUUUAGCGGAGUGUCGUUGUGAAAAAUGCGAUUUUUUUUUAUUUCAAAAAUUUUUGCUAUUUUUUCUGAAAUUUUAUGAUUUUCUUUCGGUUAAUAUGAGCAAUUCUUCAAUUUUAAUGAAAUUUCAAGAAUUCUGAACUUAAAUUUAGCUGAAAAUUCAAAAUUUUGCAUAAAAAUUGGCAGAUUUUCAUGUUUAUACUCAAAAAUUCCCAUUUUUCGAGGGAACCUGAAAAUUUCAGCUAUAUUUCUGAAAUGUUAUGAUUUUCUUACGGUUAACAUGAGCAAUUCUUCAAUUUUCGUUGAAUUUCAAGAAUUCUGAGCUUAAAUUUAGCUGAAAAUUUUUAUUUUGCAUUUUCACCGAAAAUUUGAAGGUUUUUAAGCAGUAAAAUUUUGAAAAUUUGAAUUUUUCAGAGUAGUUUCAGGUAAAAAUUCAUAUUUUCAACAUUUUCAGCUCAAAAAUCUCACUUUUCCAUCAAUUUUCACUCAAAAACCAGAAAUUAUCGAUUUUUCAAAAAAAAACCAGCGUUUUUUACAACGACACUCCGCUGAAUGACGGUUUGCCUGUUGUUUAGCGCAUUGUUGGCAUUUUCCAUUUUUUGCGUUUUCCGGGUGAAAUUUUGUGGUUUUUCAGGAAAAUUUUAGAAUUUUCGGAGGAAAAAAGGAAUUUUCGGCUUGAAAUUCAAUGAAAAAUCAUAUUUUUCGCAAAUUUCAGCCAGAAAAAUCUGAAAUUUCUUGAAUUUCGUUGAAAAAUCGAUAAUUUCUGAUUUUUGAGGGAAAAUUGAUGGAAAAGUGGAAUUUUGGAGGGAAAUUUGUGAGUUUAAUUGAAAAUUUGAUGAAAAUUUAGAUUUUUCUGGCUGAAAAUGUUCUUCUGAAGCCUUCUCAAGCAUUUUAAAGCCUUCUACGGCCCUCUAAAGCCCUCUAAGGCCUUCUAAAGCCCCCACCAAAAAUCUAAAUUCCAGGUUACGGCUACAUAGCUCCACUCACCACCCAUGGCCGUCUGAUUCUCUGCAUCUACGCCGGCUUCGGAAUCCCUCUGGCUCUAGUUAUGAUGUCAGAUGUUGGCAAGUUCCUGGCUGAUCUCUCCGCCAAACUCUUCAAUGAAAAUAUCACAGCAUUUAUGGUGGUUCUGGUGUCACUUUUGGUGGCUUAUUCGAUUUUGGGUGGAAUUGCGAUGGCGAAAGCGAUUGGGGUUUCGAUGAUUGAUGGGAUUUAUUUCAGUACGAUCACGAUUUUUACGAUUGGAUAUGGGGAUGUUAGGUUGGUGGGCUUCGGAAGGUCUUGCUGGAGUUCAGAAGGCUUUUCAGAAGUUCAGUAGGUCUUGCUGGAGUUCAGAAGAUCUUUCUGGAGUUCGGAAGGCUUUUCAGAAGUUCAGUAGGUCUUGCUGGAGUUCAGAAGGUCUUGCUGUAGUUCAGAAGGUUUUUCUGAAGAUCGGAAGGUAUUUCUGAAGUUCAGAAGGUCUUGCUGGAGUUCAGAAGCCUUCACUGAACUUCGGAAAGCUUUUCUGAUAUUCAGAAAGUAUUUCUGAACUCCAGAAGGUGUUGCUGGAGUUCAGAAGGCUUCACUGAUCUUCGUAAGGCUUUACCGAUCUUCAGAAGGUCUUGCUGGAGUUCAGAAGGUUUUCCUGAACUUCGGAAAGUAUUUCUGAACUUCAGGAGGUCUUGCUGAACUUCGGAAGGCUUUACCGAUCUUCAGAAGAUCUUUCUGAACUUCAGAAGGUAUUGCUGAAGUUCGGAAGGCUUUUCAGAAGUUCGGAAGGCUUUUCCUGAACUUCGGAAAGAUUCACUGAAGUUCAGAAGGUCUUGCUGGAGUUCAGAAGGCUUUUCAGAAGUUCAGUAGGUUUUGCUGGAGUUCAGAAGGUUUUACUGAACUUCGGAAGGUCUUGCUGAUCUUCUGAAGCAGACCUGGGAAUUUUUACGUUUUCGUUUUUAUCGUUUUACGGUUUUUACGGGAUUUCACCGUAAAAUCCAUUUUACGGUUUUACCGCUCAAAAAAUCGUAAAAUAAUUCGUUUAAAAAAAUCACUAAAUAUAGUUUAAUUAUAGUGAAUUUUGACAGAAUCAAAUAGAAACUUCAAAAAAAACACAACAUUUUUCAAAGAAAAUUUUGAUUUAAUCCUAACUGAUUAAUUUUUUGACGAAUAUGAAGAAUAAUAUUGUUAAAAAUGUGUUGGAGUUACGAUAAGUUACCAACUCGCUAUUUCUGAAGAAAUGUUUUCUAUUUUUCAGUGAAAAGAUUGAGUAACAAAAUUUUACGUUUUUCUCGUAAUUUUACGGUUUUUCAAAACCGUAAAAAGUAUGUUUUACGUUUUACGGUGCCUCGUAAAAAAUUCCCAGGUCUGUUCUGAAGGCUUCUCAGGGCUUCUAAAGGCUUCAGAAGGCUACCUGAGGCUUCAGGGGGCUUCCCAGGGCUUCCCAAGGCUUCUCAAGGCGUUAGAGGGCUUCCCAAGGCUUCAGAAGGCUUCAGAAGUCUGAAAAUCCACCAAAAAAUGCUGAAAAUCAUUCCAGUCCCUCAAUUUCCGUCUACUACAUCAUCGCCUUCAUAGUGUUCGGUGUGAGUUUGGUGACAAUUGCAGGUAGGUGCUGGAAAAAUCUGGAAAUUUUCUGAAAAUCUGAAAUUUGAUUUUUUCAGUUGAUGUGGUGGCAGCCAAUAUAAUUCACAAUAUUCAUUACAUGGGUCGACAAGUUGGCAAAGCUCGAAUCAUUGCCGACAAAAUGUUGAUGGCAAGUUCGAUUGAUUUCCAAAAAAUAAUAAGAUCAGGGGAUUUUUGUGAGGUUCAGGGGUGGAAAAUUGGAAUUUUGUGGGGUUCUGGAGCCUUCUGA